CUACUUAAAUCUAUGAAUUGUGCUAUCUAAACCUAAAUAUUUGCUACUUAAACACUACGAUCUACUUAUAACUAAUGAAUUUAAAUAACAUAGAAAAGAACAUCACAAUAAACAAUCACCACCACAUUUGAAUUUUAAACAUAAAACUUCCUAUGUUUUAUUUCGGAAGGCAAAACCCUUAGUUUGACCCCAAACAUUUGGUCCUUCGAACCGGAUAAGUGGUUUUUUUAAAUAAUUAAAAAACCAAAAAUCAAAAAAAUUUUUCUGUUUUGUGCCCAAAAAUAAUUCAUUUUCAUUUCAAAAAACCCAGUGACCGAAACACAAAAAAAUUCGCAACAACAAAAGUGCAGUGACCCAACAAUUAAAAGCAAAUGAAAUAGAGAAAAGUGCGAAAAAAGGACUCUAACGACACAAAGCUACAAAAAUUGCAAAAGGCGCCAACACACAAUUCUGGACCCAAGCCAAGCGCCCACCUACACACACACACACAUACACACACAUCAAAAAAGAAGCUUCAAAAUAAUGGCCGGAUAUUUACCUCGCCCAGAGUCCCCACGACCCGCCAGACCCACACGCCCUCGCUUCGACCCACGGGAACCCAGGUAUCGCCCCGCAUCUUGGCAGUAUGCCUGUGGCCUCUGCCAGGAGGACCACGCCAUACGGUCAUGCCCGCGGUUCCGGCAAAUGACACCGUAUCAGAGAUACGAGACAGUUGAGAGACGGAGUUACUGUCGGAACUGUCUGGCGCGCAGCCAUCUGGCCCCAGACUGCCCCGUGGUCACUGCCUGCCGAACAUGCGACUACCGCCAUCACACAAUGCUGCAUGGAGCCCCACAGCUUAGGGAGACAUAUGGCAGCUACAGCCCGCCCCCAAUGGAGAUUGCCAACCCACGGCAACUUGCAAUCGAACCAGCCAACCAGAUGCCCAUCGUCCAAGGCCCUCCCCCGGUCGAGAUACCUUACAGCCGGGCCACUGUUUUUGUACCCACGGCGAUGGUGGAAUUGGCACCCGAGGAGCAGGACGAUUGGGCUGGGGUACGGGUACUUUUGUGCCAGGCAUCGACCAUCACCCGAAUCGCGGCAGCCACAGUAACUCGCCUGGGGAUACCAACGAGAGAGCGCAGAGGGCACCGUCUGGCAACAAUAAGACUUCGGUCAAGGCAUGCGUCGAGGAGGACCAUGUAUACCAUCCGGGCAGUGGUGACCCGGGAUUUGCCGCGACGACCCUAUUCAGAUCCCAUCAUUCCCGACCCCACAAGCAGCCUAAGAUCCCUUUCUUUGGCAGAUGCUGACCCUAGGGGCAACGAACCAAUCGAUGUAGAGGUAGGGGCCGAUGCCUACGCCAACCUCCGGAGGAGUGGUGUUGUACAACCCGGAUUGGGAGCCGUCUUCGCCCAGGAGACAGAUUGGGGAUACGUGUUCGUCGGCCCAGUCACCUCACAGGCAAGAAACCAAAAUUAA